GCGCUUGUGUUCACCCGGAAGUGCUUCCGCUGCUACCGAGCAAAGAUGGCGGGUGAGACCGCAACGGAGCUGCUGUUUUUAGACACUUUCAAGCACCAGAGCGCGGAGCAAAGUACCAAUAUAGAUGUAGUUCGUUUUCCAUGUGUGGUUUACAUAAAUGAAGUACGUGUCAUUCCUCCAGGAAUAAGAGCUCACACAAGUUUGCCUGACAAUAGAGCUUAUGGAGAGACAUCCCCACAUACAUUUCAGUUAGACCUGUUUUUCAACAAUGUCAGCAAGCCAAGUGCCCCUGUUUUUGACAGGCUGGGAAGCCUUGAAUAUGAUGAGAACUCUUCAAUUAUAUUUAGACCCAAUGCAAAGGUCAACACGGAUGGAUUGGUCCUAAGAGGCUGGUACAACUGUCUGACAUUAGCAAUAUAUGGAUCAGUUGAUAGGGUAAUAAGUCAUGACAGAGAUUCUCCUCCACCCCCUCCACCACCACCUCCUCCUCCCCAGCAACAACCAGGUUUGAAAAGAAACCCAAAACAUGUUGAUGGGGAGAAAGAAGAUCAGUUCAAUGGGAGCCCUCCAAGACCACAGCCCAGGGGACCAAGGACUCCUCCAGGCCCUCCACCUCCUGAUGAUGAUGAAGAUGAGCCCAUGCCUGUGACAGUGGCUGGGGAAAAGGAAGAUGAUGUUGAUCAUAGGGAGGACUACUUUGAGCCAAUUUCUCCUGAUCGAACAUCCGUUCACCAAGAAGGCCAGUACUCUGAUGAAGGGGAGGUAGAGGAGGAGCAGCCAGAAGAAGGGGAGGAUGAGGAGGAAGAUGUGGAUGUUGAGGAAGAUGAGGAAGAGGACGAGGAGGAUGGCCAUACAGUAGAGAGUAUUCCUGAGGAAGAAGACGAGGAGGAGGAGGAGGAGGAAGAUGAAGAAGAGGAAGGUGAGGAGGAGGAAGAGGGUGAAGGUGAUGAUGGCUAUGAGCAGAUUUCAAGUGAUGAAGAUGGAAUUGCUGAUCUGGAACGUGAAACAUUUAAGUAUCCAAGCUUUGAUAUUGAAUAUACUCCUGAGGAUCUAGCCUCAGUGCCACCUGUGACAUAUGAGCCUUAUGAAAGAGAGCUUGGACCUCUUUUGUACUUUAAUUGUCCUUACAAGACCAUAUUUGAGGUUGAAGUUGGUAAGAUAAAGGAUCAAGAUCCAGACAAGGAAAAUUCAGGGGCAGUAGAAGCCUCAGUUAAGCUAACUGAACUCCUGGAAUUAUAUCAGGAAGAAAGGGGUGCAAAGUGGGUCACAGCUUUAGAAGAAAUUCCAAAUUUAAUAACAAAAGGACUAAGCUACCUGGAAGUGAAGAACACAACACAGGACUAUAUUACCCAAUUAGUAGAUUGGACAAUGCAGGCUUUAAACUUGCAGGUAGCUCUCAGGCAGCCUAUUGCUUUGAAUGUCCGACAGCUUAAAGCUGGAACAAAAUUGGUGUCAUCGCUAGCAGAAUGUGGGACUCAAGGAAUCAUGGGACUCUUGCAUUCAGGAGUUAUUAAUGCAUUAUUUGAAUUGUUAUUUGCAGAUCAUGUUUCAUCUUCCCUUAAACUUAAUGCUUUUAAAGCUUUGGAUAGUGUUAUCAGCAUGACUGAGGGAAUGGAAAUGUUUUUAAGAGGUGGGUUAGAGAUACACGAAAAAAGUGGUUAUCAGAAACUCUUGGAGCUCAUACUAUUAGAUCAGACUGUGAGAGUAGUCACUGCAGGUUCUGCAAUUCUGCAGAAAUGCCAUUUCUAUGAGAUUCUGUCAGACAUUAAAAAGCUUGGUGACCAGUUAGCGGAGAAUACUCCUCCCCUUCCUAAUCAUAUGGAGUCUGAGCAGGAACCAGACCUUGGACUUGAGAGAACCAACCCAGAAUAUGAAAAUGAUGUGGAGGCACCUAUGGAUAUGGAUCAUCUUUUGGAAUCUUCUAAUAUCAGUGAAGGAGAAGUAGAAAAACUUAUUAGCCUCUUAGAUGAAAUCUUUCAUUUGAUGGAGACUGCACCACAUACAAUGAUUCAGCCACCAGUAAAAUCUUUUCCAACAAUGGCACGCAUUACAGGACCUCCAGAAAGGGAUGAUCCGUAUCCUGUCCUUUUCAGAUACCUUCAUAGUCACCAUUUCUUGGAAUCUAUCACCUUGCUACUAUCCAUUCCAAUAACAAGUGCUCAUCCUGGUGUGCUUCAGGCUGUCAGAGAUGUGUUGAAGUUCCUGGGACAGUCACAAAAAGGUCUCCUCUUCUUCCUGUCUGAGUAUGAAGCAACAAACCUGUUGAUUAGGGCGCUGUGUCAGUUUUCUGAUCCAGAUCAAGAAGAAGGUCUCCAAUCAGAUGGUGCCAGUGAUGAUGCAUUUGCCUUGUGGCUCCUGCAUUCAACACAGACAUUGCAGUAUAUUUCAGAAUUAUUCUGCCAUUUUCAGCGGUGCACAGCCAGUGAGGAAACUGACCAUUCGGACCUCUUGGGAACACUUCAUAACCUUUACCUGAUUACUUUUAACCCUGUUGGAAGAUCUGCUGUAGCUCAUGUGUUCAGCCUUGAGAAGAACCUCCAAAGUCUUAUUACUUUAAUGGAAUACUAUUCCAAAGAAGCUUUAGGUGAUUCCAAGUCCAAGAAGUCGGUAGCGUAUAAUUAUGCAUGCAUACUUGUUUUGCUGGUGGUUCAGUCUUCCAGUGAUGUCCAAAUGCUGGAACAGUACUCAGCGCCUUUAUUGAAGCUUUGUAAGGCAGAUGAAAAUAACACCAAAUUGCAAGAGCUCUGCAAGUGGCUUGAACCUUUGAAAAAUCUUAGAUUUGAAAUUAAUUGUAUCCCAAAUCUCAUUGAAUAUAUUAAACAGAAUAUUGAUAGUUUGAUGACCCAGGAAGGAGUUGGUCUUCUUACUGCACUCCGUGUUCUUUGUCAUGUUGCAUGCCCGCCACCUCCUGUUGAAGGUCAACAGAAGGAUCUUAAAUGGAACCUUGCAGUUAUUCAGCUCUUUUCUGCUGAAGGAAUGGACACCUUCAUUCGGGUUCUGCAAAAGUUGAACAGUAUUCUUAUUCAGCCUUGGAGGCUCCAUGUCAACAUGGGAACCACACUUCAUAGAGUUACUACCAUUUCCAUGGCGCGAUGUACACUUAAUCUCCUUAAAACCAUGUUAACUGAGCUCCUGAGGGGUGGAUCUUUUGAAUUUAAAGACAUGCGUGUUCCUUCAGCACUUGUUUCUUUACAUAUGCUUCUGUGUUCUAUCCCUCUCUCAGGCCGUUUAGAUAGUGAUGAACAAAAAAUUCAGAAUGACAUUAUUGAUAUUUUAUUGACCUUUACCCAGGGAGUUAAUGAAAAACUGACAAUUUCAGAAGAAACUUUGGCCAAUAAUACUUGGUCUUUAAUGUUAAAGGAGGUCCUCUCUUCAAUUUUACGAAUUCCUGAAGGAUUUUUCUCUGGACUUAUACUGCUUUCAGAAUUGCUGCCUCUUCCAUUGCCCAUGCAAACAACUCAGGUUAUUGAACCACAUGAUAUAUCGGUGGCACUCAACACCAGAAAACUCUGGAGCAUGCAUCUCCAUGUUCAGGCCAAAUUGCUACAGGAAAUAGUUCGAUCAUUCUCUGGUUCAACUUGUCAGCCUAUUCAGCAUAUGCUGAGGCGUAUUUGUGUUCAGUUGUGUGACUUGGCAUCACCAACUGCUCUUCUUAUCAUGAGGACUGUUUUGGAUCUGAUUGUAGAAGAUCUACAAAGCAGUACAGAAGAUAAAGAGAAACAGUACUCUGGCCAGACUACCCGAUUACUUGCUUUACUUGAUGCCCUGGCUUCACACAAAGCUUGUAAAUUAGCUAUUUUGCAUCUAGUUAAUGGAACUAUUAAAGGUGAUGAGAAGUAUGCAGAAGUUUUCCAGGAGCUGUUGGCUUUAAUGAGAUCUACUGGGGACAAUGUUAUUCACCAGCAAUGUGCUGAAUAUGUAACAUCCAUUUUGCAGUCCCUCUGUGAUCAGGACAUAGCACUAAUUUUGCCAAGUUCCUCAGAGGGAUCUGUUUCUGAAUUAGAACAGCUCUCCAAUUCAUUACCAAGCAAGGAAUUGAUGUCCUUAAUCUGUGACUGUCUGAUGGAAACACUUGCUAAUGCAGAGACCAGUUAUAAUUGUCUCCUGACAUGUAUAAGGACAAUGAUGUUCCUUACAGAGCAUGAUUAUGGAUUCUACCACUUAAAGAGCUCUCUAAGAAAACGCAACCAUGCUCUGUAUACUGUAUCAAAGCGAGUAAUAAGUAGCUUUAGUAAGGAUACAGGUGAACUGGCCUCUUCUUUUUUGGAUUUUAUGAGACAAAUUCUAAACUCCGACACACUGGGAUGUUGUGGAGAUGAUGGAAGUCUGAUGGAAGUAGAUGGUUCCCAUCCAGCCAGAACACUGGGUCUUACUACUGCAGAGUUAAAACAUUUAUUACAGAACAAAGAAGAAUCUCCUGAAAAUUUGCUCCUUGAACUGGAGAAGCAUGUUUUGGAACAUUCUAAAGAAGAUGACAGCCUUGAAUCCUUAUUGGACAAUGUAGCUGGACUUCGGCAGAUGCUGGAAUCAGCAGGCGAUCCUUGUCCUCUGAGUGACCAAGAUGUAGAACCAGUUCUUUCUGCACCAGACUCUCUCCAGAAUCUGUUUAAUAAUAGGACAACAUAUGUGUUGGCAGAUGUGAUGGAUGACCAGCUGAAAUCUAUGUGGUUCUCACCAUUCCAGGCUGAAGAAAUUGACACUGAUCUGGAUAUGGUAAAAGUAGACUUAAUUGAACUGUCAGAGAAAGGCUGCAGUGACUUUGACUUGCAAGCAGAACUGGAGAGAUCAUUUUUGUCAGAACCUUCAUCUCCUGGUAGGACGAAAACCACAAAAGGGUUCAAACUUGGCAAACACAAGCAUGAGACCUUUAUAACGUCAAGUGGAAAAUCUGAGUACAUAGAACCUGCAAAGAGAGCACAUGUUGUGCCACCUCCUAGAGGAAGAGGCCGAGGAGGAUUUGGACAAGGUAUUCGACCACAUGAUAUCUUUCGUCAAAGGAAACAGAAUACAAGCAGACCACCUUCUAUGCAUGUGGACGAUUUUGUUGCUGCAGAGAGCAAAGAAGUGGUCCCUCCAGAUGGGAUACCACAACCUAAAAGACCACCAAAAGUGUCCCAGAAGAUAUCUUCACGUGGCGGGUUCUCAGGGAAUCGUGGCGGACGGGGAGCUUUUCACAGUCAGAACAGAUUCUUUACACCACCUGCUUCAAAAGGAAAUUACAAUCGUCGUGAAGGAGCCCGGGGUUCAAGCUGGAGUGCACAAAAUACACCACGAGGCACCUACAAUGAAAGCAGAGGGGGUCAAAGCAAUUUUAAUAGGGGCCCCCUGCCACCAUUGAGGCCAUUAAGUUCUGCAGGCUAUCGACCCAGUCCUCGUGAUCGUGCUUCCAGAGGCCGUGGUGGAAUUGGACCGUCUUGGGCGAGUGCUAAUAGCGGUGGUAGCGGUGGCUCAAGAGGAAAGUUUGUAAGUGGAGGCAGUGGAAGAGGUCGUCAUGUACGUUCCUUCACACGAUAAAAGAGACCUUGCAGAACAACCCAGUGGGGUGAACUUCUCGUGCUGAUGACAACAAAAAGAGGCACUAAAGGACCAAUUUAGACUUACUGGUAUCUGAAGACGGCGAGAGAAUAUUUUUGUCUGAAGAAAGCAGUUUUUGUUUGAAACAAGACUUGAAAUUUCAAUAAAAUUCAAGACUUUUUGUGUACAAUUGUAUAUCUUUUGUUCUUCUUGAAAGAACAUUUUAACUUUUUUGUGGACUUCUGUAGACAAUACUGAAUAAGGAACCCAUGUGAAUUAAGACUUCAAUAAUUUCUCUUCUAAAAUAUUAAUUGUGCCAAAAGCAAGGUACAGGUGUGCUGAUUUUGCAGUAGUACAUAAGGAAGCUUGAGGUUUUCCUCUCAGGUUUAGAACCAUUAGCUCAGUUUCCUAUUGGUCUGUUAGUUAUUAAAUGAAUGAGGUACAUCUUACCAAUGGUCCUAGUAAAUGAGAAAAAGACUGACUGAGACUUGGGGUACGACUACACUACCCGCCGGAUCGGCGGGUAGCAUCAAUCUAUUGGGGAUCGAUUUAUUGCGUGUAGUGUAGACGUGAUAAAUUGAUCCCCGAUCGCCCUCCCGUUGACUGCUGAACUCCAGCUCAGCGAGAGGUGGAAGCAAAGUCGACGGGGGAGCCGCAGCAAUUGACCCCACACCAUGAGGACGCGAGGUAAGUCUAACUAAGAUACGUCGACUUCAGCUACGCUGUUCUCAUAGCUGAAGUUGCGUAUCUUAGGUCAAUCCCCCCCCAGUGUAGACCAGGCCUUAAUAUGUGAAAGAACACAAAACUUAUGCAUUUAAUUUAGAAGUUAUGGAUAAGUACUGAUACCACUGUUACAUAUAUUAAACUCAAACCUGCACCCAUUGAAAUUGGCAGGAAAACUUCCACUGUCUUUAAUAAGAGUAAGUUUAAGGCCCAGAGCAUAGCUUUUAGAGAUGUUCUCACUCUAAGCCUGUAUGUAAGAGCCUGCGUGUAUGCAGUGAUGUUGUAGCUGUGUUGGUCCCAGGAUAUUAGAGACACAAGAUGGGUGAGGUAAUAUUUUUUUAAUUGGACCAACUUCUGUUGGUGAGAGAGAGAAGCUUUCAAGCUCACAGAGAGCUAAAUAUAAGGUGGAACAGAUAGUUUUAGCAUAAGUAGAUAAUACACAUUCAAAGAGACCAUUUAAGGUGGAGUGGCCCAUUAACCCCCCUGUAAUCAUUAAGACAAAAAACAGAGGUAGUGCGCUACAGAUUGUUGUAAUAAGCCAUAAAUCCAGUAUGUUUAUUAAGAUCAUGAUUUUUAGUGUUUAGCAAAGUUAUGAAUUUAAUCGCCCAGGGUAAUCUUUUGAAAGUGCUGUGCAACUUUCCUUUGAGGAUAAGGACAGAGGUCAGAAAGAGCGACUGCUUUGUGAAAAGUGUUCACCCACAGGUGAUGUGGUGUUUGUCUUUUAUCAUUUUCACUUGAGAGCGUAAUGGUUGUCUGGUUUCACCCACAUAGUUGUUAUUGGGGCAUUUAGUGCACUGGAUGUGGUAGACCACAUGUUGUGAGAGGCAUGUAUGUAAUCAUGGAUCUUGAAAGGUGUGUUGAGGGGAGAGAGGGUGUUGAUCGUUGUAGCAGUGUAGAUAUAUGUCUGCAGGUUUUGCAUCUGUUCUAGCAGGGUCUGGUGCCGCUUUGAGUUGGUGUGUCCUGGUCUGUGGGGAGCUUGCUUCUGAUGAUGAGGAAAAGUUGUGUAGCUCAAAAGUUGGUCCAAUAAAAGAUCUCACCUACCUUGUCUUUCUAAUGUGUGCUAUAAGGAGAUCAUAGGGUGAGAUACUUCAGUAUAAAUAGAAGCUUGAUGGAGUUACAUUAUUAUUCGUAGCCUGCUGACUUGUGUAGUUGGGGGGAGAGAGUUUAAAAGCAGACUUUCAUAAAACUAAACAGUUCCCUAAGGAAGCAAGAGAUACAAAACUUUUCCCUCUAAUGGACAUUUUGGCUUUUUGCUUGUGUAAUUGUUUGAGAUGUCUGAGGUUGAAACAAUGCAAGAGGAAAAGCUUUGAAAAUUAAGAGCAAACAAAGAAUCUGUACAAAUGGUCACCUUCAUGUUUCUUUUCAUGCUAAAAAAAACUCAGAAUCAAAUAUAUUUUGAACUCAAAUGUUUACUUUUUCUUUUCAUCUCUGUGGAAUUUGUCCAACAUAAUUACUAGGAAGAUAAGAGGUUAAUAGCUGCAGCCCUCAUUAUAAAGGCCCUGUAUACAUUAACCUAUGGUAGACAACUGUUUGAAUUUAGACUUUGAUUCUCAUUUACACAUAAGUCCCUUUACACUACCAGAGUGGUGUAAAUGAGCUUUAACCUUAAUGAGGAUCAAGCCCAGUUAGUUUAUACAUUUCCAGCUAAAACUGAUCUUAAUGUACUUUGGUCAACCAGCAAGCAUGCUGCCAUUAAGCAUUAAAAACUCACCACCUUCCACUCCAAGUGCAAGGCACAUUUCUUUGACCUUACUUUCUCUUAACAAAUACACAGCACUGUGUGGGUGUGUGUAUUUAUUUAUAACUACCAAAACAUGACACUCCAUUGCCUGCGCUUCUCCUCCUGGGGAGAUGAUGAGAGGAAAAAACACCUGAGAACUGCUAGUCACCUUGCUUAAUUCACUAGUGGGAGGGACUCAGAUAGUACAGUGAUGAGAACCCAUAUAAAACAGAAACGCAUAUUUUAAUGUGUACUGUAGACUGUAAGAACACGUUUUAAAACACUGUUUAACCCUACUGGCUAAGUUGCAUUCAACAGUUUUCUCUGAAACCACAGAGAAAGCAAGUGUAGGAAGGGGCCUUGUAUGUGGAGACAUCAUAGCCCCACAAGUUUCUAGACAAUUAGUUUGCACAAAGAAGUUAAUUGACAGGACCUGUAGGAUAGUUAAACUAAACUUGUUCUAAUUAACUGGGCAUGGCUAAAGGGAAUAAUUUUGUUUCACACAGUUGUAUAUUUUAGUAUUGUAUAAAGUAACGGACUUCAGAAAAAUGAUUGAACAGUAGAAUCUGAAUUGUGAAAAAAGCAUUAGAUACUCAAGUCAAUCAAGGAAGAUGGAAUUUUACUAAUGCAAUUGUAAUGACUAAAACGGGUGAUCUAGCAAACAUAGGUAUUAAUGCUAUUUUUUUAAAUUGAGGAGCAUUGCAUAAUAUUUUGUAAAGCAGACUGAGGCUCCUUUAAACCAUGGGUUUGAGGUUUUUUUAUUUUUAUUUUUUAGAAACUUUACAACUUACGAAACUGCAGCAAGGAUGUGAGUGAUUUGGUUUUAGUCAGGGAAUUUGAAAUGAAAAAUUAAGGAAAAGCUUGAAGUAUGGAACAAACUGUAAAUAUUCAAUUGGUUCUUGAAAGUUUGAAAUACAGCAUGUCAUGCUUGUCAUUUUCAAACUAAAAAAAUAAAGGUGAACAAAAUCUCAGUAAAUCAUUAGUCAAACUUGAAAACUGAGCAGUAUGUCUACAGUUUCUUUAAACAUAGUUCUAGGCCUUGUAGUUGUAUAGGACUUAUUUAAUAUUUGUGGGAAUUCGUUCUCAAGGUUAAAUUAACUUGAAAUAAUGCUGUAAAUGCUAUGUUUAAAAUUAAUUUACUUGCUUUGAUACAUUUAAAUUGAAUUCUUACCAUGAGCAACUCAGGUUUAAAACAUUAAAUUCCACUUCUUAAUUUAACUUGGAACUUUGUUUUCUAAUUGACUAGAGCACUGGAAGUGGCUAAUGCCAAAGGACCAGAUUAAUGUUGAAUCGCAGCUUUCUUUGCAAGCAGUCCCAUUGACUUCUUCUAAGGAGAAAUGAGGCAAUGUUACAGUAGCUAGAAUACUUAACUUUUUUUCCUAAUGGAAAUCUAUUAUAUUGACCACCAAAAGUCAUCUUUGAACGUUCAAAGUGUUAUUUAUGUUAAGAGCUGAAGUGGAAACUAUAUAGCUGUUAGCUAAUAGUGGCUUUUACAUCUUAUUUUAAUAAUGAGAACAUCUUUGGCUAACAGUCUGAUUCCUUUACUCCUCUCCUCAGCAGUCCUGUGUAGGUAGCCAUUCAGGGAUCGACAGGACAGGUAGGUCAGGUUUGCUCUUCAUGUUCACUCAGCUCUGCAACAAUGCUGUUAGGCAGUUAAUGACUGUGGCCUUAGUCCUGAAAAUAUUUGCACAGGAGAAGUUCCAUUGAGCUCGUGUGUGAGGGAGUAACUGCGGAGUUGGGGACUAAUAUUAGUUCAGGAGUAUUAGUGUUGCAUUUUGGACCCUAGCUAGGUUAAUUGUUCAGGGCUGUAAAACAACGUGAAGUUCCUAGGCCUCAAGCUUGGCUCCCUUGUGGGGAAAAAUACACAGAAACAGGGCUCCAGAAAGCAAGAGAAGAGAGAGUAAAAAUGUAGAGCACCAGCAUCCAUAUUUGCACAAGUUAAGACAUAUCAACCAUUUUUCUCUGUACCAAAGCACUCCCCAUGAUCAAAUUGGAGCCUUCAGAGGGUGGGACUUUUGAAUCUGACAGUGUCAUAAUGAGACACUUUCCCUAAAGAUGGUUUGGUCUUUCCUGACUUAAAAGGACAUGCUAACCAUGCUAAAUUAAACUCCAGGUGUUCUAGCUAAGAAUGAGCAUAUAUGUAAUCUUCAUGUAUUGCAUACUUUACAAACCUUUAAGUUUAUUGUAAAGGAGAAGUGUGCACCAGAUUUUCCUCUUUCUACCACUGUGGCCCUAGUUAAACUGUAAACAGCCAUUAUCUAAGGUAGAAUGUUCUCUAGCAAGAUCUGCCAGUUUUUUAUGAUCUAGUUAAUGUCCAUUUUCAUUAACAUAAUUGUCAAAUUGAAUUUUUUCCACUGAGCAGUUUCUAGCACAAUGAUACACUCUACCCUCAGAGGAGGUAAAUGAAAUACAUGAUAGAUUAAGAUUGCUACCAGCUCCAUAAUGCCUCUCAGAAAAGCUAAAUCGUAGAUGGUGUUGCUGCCAAAGCAAAGGAGUCUCCAGAAAGUUUCAGCCAUAGAGUGCACUCUCGUGGGUGGCAGAGACUGAGGCAUCCUGGUUUUGUAUCAUUUCCAGCACAAGGCCUACCCACAAUUGAAGGGGUCUUUAGGCCUUACUGCAAUACAGUUUGUGAUGAGAACCCUUUAAGCAGUGGAUAGCAAGUUCUGUUUAUCCUGAAUCAAUACCUGCUAAGCAGGACCUAGACCCCCUCCCGCUACUGCACCCUAGGCACCUGUAACUUCUGAGGCCUGUAUCAUCUUCCCUUUAGCAUGGCUGCUUGCCUUUGCCUACGCCCCUGAGACAAUGGCAGCAAGAACUCCCAUCUGUGAAGAGGAGAUGCAAAGUCUUUGAGGAGAGCGCUGUUUUGAUCAAAUGCUAGCCCUGUCUAUUAUUUAAUGUAUCCCAGUCAUGGGUCAGAUAAAGACCUUUAACUAUGACCCCUAUUCCUUAUGUCCCUUUUAAUAAAGUAUCUGUCCCCUAUUACAGUACUUUAGUCUCUCAUUUUCCUACACGUUGAGUGAAGUACACUGGGAAUAAUGAAAGCAAGUUUAUUUGCAUGUAUGUCUCACUAUUUUAUUAGUUAAGGGGAGGAUACCUGAUCUUUCAUAAUGAAAAGAAGAGAAGCAAAAUGAAUAACUACUUUUAUGAACAGUUGAGUAGCUCAACUUUUAUACACAGAGCAAAUCAAAUGGUUACAAGCUACCUGUUAGCUCUCUUCUAGACACAAUAUGACAUUUAGCCCCCAAAUUCCACUUUUGAGCCCAUUUCCCAUUUUUUAUUAAAUGUAAAAAAAAAAUCUAAUUUCAGUUUGGCAAUGAACCCCGUGGCUGGAAGACAUUUUAAAAGUUCAUUUGUUAAUAUAAAAGUUGCAUAGACUUAUAGGUAUUUAGAAAGGCAUCUGUCAAUAUGAGAAAACUGCAUAAGAUCCCCCUACGUACUAAGGAUAAACUGUAUGGGUCUAUCCAAAAGAUGUUCAUGAGAAAGGAAAAUGCUGGCACCAUUCCACAUAAAUUAUCCCAGACUCCUUAACAAAUAAUCUGUAGAGAAGGACUAUCAAAAACACAUUCCAGGGGAAGAGUGUAGCAAAUUUCACAAGGAUUCUUAUUUAAAUAUAGUCCAGGACCUGUUUACUGACUGAGGGUCACUUUUAAAAAAAACUUCUUAGAGCACCUAAGAAUGUUUAAGAUGUAAAUAAUACAAUAACUUUGCAACUAAAAUGUUUACAAUAAUUGCAUAUGUUACCUGGCUACAUAAUUCACUUGUCCGCUACUAAUAAGGAAAAGAAAUUUGCCAUGCAAUUGUGAUGUUAAGGCAAGCUAACCAUCUGCUAACACACAUGAACAAUAAUGAUUGAGAUGAAAAUGUAACUUAGGCUGAUUCUAAUAUUAACUAAAAUUACAUGGGUGCUUACAAGCAAACUGGUACAUUGCAACUCAGUUACACAGCAGAUGUAGGGUUCUCCUGAAAGUCUUGCAUUCAGAAGGGUAAUUGAAACCAACAGGCGCUCAUUGAACACUAUUCUACUGCUACAUUUCAAUAAAGAAAGCAAUUAUAUGCCGCAACAGCAAUCUAGUCUGGCUCACUGCUUGUUCCAUAGGAACUGUAUGGUUCUA